AUGAUGCAAGAUCAGAAUUAUACCCCAACUACGGUUACAAGUAAAUACCAACAGGCUAUACCUGCUCGUCAUUUGUCAGUGGAGACGAGUUUUGACGCGGCAAAGCCCAAGAUUACUUCGCUUCCCUCGUUUGGCGAGUUGCUCACUUCGAUCCCCUUGCCAUUAGAGUUCAAGUCCAGCAGAAGCAACAGCAACAGCAGUAGCAACAGCAAUAGCAACAGCAGAAAAAGCAGCUCGGUGAAAGGUUUCACCAUGGCCUCGCCCUCGUCUCACUACUACUUGCUGUCGACUCAAAGAUUGCCCAGUCCGUCAGCAGUUUCCAUCCCAUCCUCGACGACUUUCCCCCAGCCAGCUCAAUUUGCCCCACUUGCUGCACACCCACUGCAGCAGUGCCAGACCCCAGCACCAAGUGCCUACGACGCCAAGACCCGCUCCAGCUCGCUCCCUAACCAACCAUCUAGUUCCACCUCUCCCCACAUGCAAUAUAUGAACCUGCAACUCGCCUCUGCUACAGCACCACCACCACCGGCACAGCACACACAACACCCACCACAUGGUCAGUAUUACCACCACGCUCAGCAGCACCACUCACCUGAAUCCCACCCGGCAUCACCUCAGUCGCCCAUUGCCUCGACUCCCGCAUCAAGCUCAGCCACCACCACCACCACCACCCGCACUUCCGCCACCAGUCCCAGAGACCUGAGGAGAAAACACGUUUGCAAAGUUUGUUCUCGCUCGUUUACAACCCUGGGCCACUUGGCUAGACAUAACAGGAUCCACACUGGCGAGCGCAGACACGAGUGUCCUUGGCCUUCAUGCGAUGCCCGUUUUGCUCGCCAGGACAACUGCAUGCAGCACUACAAGACUCAUACCAAUGGCAAGAAUAAGCGCGCUAGAAGCAUACAGGUUGACCACUCGAAUCUCAAUGUUGGUGUUGCUGGUGUUUCAAGUGUCGGUGUUGGUGUUGGUGUUGGUGUUGGUGGGUUCCACACGGGUAGCGUUGGGGCUCCCUCGUUGGCUUUACCUUUCCAUCAUCCAUACCAACCACAACCACCACACUUGAACUUUGUACGCAAGUCAUUUGUAUGA